AUCGGUCAAAAAGGUUAAAGGCAAACGAUAAAAAGUAGAAAGCUUGAAUGGUUCUCUGCACGCACUCAAGUCAGCCAUGGAACUCCACACUUCCAACUUUUCCUCUUUUGGGGAAGUGCAGAACCUCAAGCGACGUGAACCAAAUCCACGCCCGAAUCAUUACGACUGGACUCAUUAGAAAUGCUGCCUUGACUACCAAAAUGGUACUCUAUUUUGCUUCCUCUCCCCACCCACCACUCAUUGAAUUCGGUCGUUACGUUUUCUUCUGUCACCAUGCUUGCGAAUUGCAACGAAAGCAAGAUGACCCUUUCCUCUGGAAUGCCAUCAUCAGAUCCUUCUCACAUGGUGUUGAUCCCAAACAAGCCAUUGUUAUCUUCUCUCUCAUGCUCCAGCUUGGAAUUCGCGUUGAUAGAUUUUCAUAUUCUUUAGUCCUGAAAGCAUGCUCUCGCCUAUCUUUGAUUAAGGAAGGACUGCAAAUUCAUUCUUUGAUAAGAAAGACCGAACUUCGGUGGGAUGUUUUCUUGCAAAAUUCCUUGAUUAGUUUCUACGUGCGGUGUGGAUUGGUUGAAGUUGCUCGUCAUUUAUUCGAUAGAAUGACAGAGCGGGACUCAGUGUCCUGGAACUCAAUGAUUGACGGGUAUGUUAAGAAUGGGUUGACGGACUUUGCAGCGGAACUGUUCGAUAAGAUGCCUACGGAGGACAGGAAUGUGAUAUCGUGGAAUUCUAUGAUUCGUGGGUAUGCACAAUCCAGAGAUGGGCUUGAAAUGGCUUGGGAUUUGUUUAAUCAAAUGCCUAAAAGAGACUUGAUUUCCUGGAAUUCGAUCAUUGAUGGCUUAGUCAAGUGUGAGAAGCUGGAAGCUGCCCGAGAAUUAUUUGAUCGGAUGCCCACGAGGGACGAAGUCAGUUGGGUAAUCAUGAUAGACGGAUUUGCCAAGUUUGGUAGAGUCGACACGGCUCGGAGUUUGUUUGAAGAUAUGCCAGAAAGAGAUGUUAUUGCUUGGAAUUCCAUGAUGGGAGGGUAUGUUCAAAAUGGGUUCAGUGCGGAAGCUUUAAAGCUCUUUCGUGUGAUGCAAACUGAAAGUAAUUUAACUCCUGAUCAUGCUACUCUAGUAAUUGCUCUUUCUGCAGCGGCUGCAUUAGGACGGAUCAACGAAGGGAUAUCCAUACAUAAUUACAUAGAGAAGAACAGGUUGCCUGUAGAUGGAAAACUUGGGGUUGCCCUUAUAGACAUGUACUCGAAGUGCGGGAGCAUUAAAGAUGCUAUGUGGGUGUUUGAAAAUCUGGAAGAGAAAGGUGUGGAUCACUGGAAUGCAAUGAUCAAUGGGCUGGCAAUUCAUGGCCUAGGUGAGUUGGCUCUUGACCUUUUCAUGGAGAUGGAGAAGCUUUCUGUCAAGCCUGAUGAUAUCACAUUCAUUGGAGUUCUAAAUGCGUGUGGCCAUGCAGGCUUGUUGAAGGAAGGUUUGAUGUGUUUUGAGCUUAUGAGGAGAGUAUACAAUGUAAAGCCCAAACUCCAACACUAUGGAUGCAUGGUUGAUCUCCUUGGCCGAGCAGGGCACCUAAGAGAGGCAAGGAAAUUGAUAGAGGAUAUGCCAAUUCAGCCAAAUGAAGUGGUUUUGAGAGCUUUGCUUAGUGCUUGUAUGAAUCAUUACAACUUUGACAUGGGAGAAUGGGUAGCCAAACAUCUAAUUCAAUUGGAUUCGUUUAAUUCUAGUUCAUAUAUACUUCUUUCCAAUCUAUAUGCUGGUUUUGGGAUGUGGAGUGAUGUUAGUAGAAUUAGAACAAUAAUGAAAGAAAAGGAUAUACGCAAAGUUCCUGGGUGCAGCUGGAUUGAACUUAAUGGAAUUGUACAUGAGUUUGUUGUUGGAGAUAAAUCUCAUCCUCAAGUUACAGAGAUUUAUUUCUUAUUGGAGAAUUUGUGUAAAUUCAAUACAGAAUUUGCCUGUUGUAAAGAAUAAAUUUAAAAGUUGAGGCCAA